AUGGAAAUGUUUAUGGAAGUGUUCAAUCACCUUGUUCUACCACCGCAGCUUCCCGGCAAACAGGACAUCAAUACUGCUGGCAUUGGUGAUGCCAUUAUUCUACGACUGAUUCAGGCUACAAAUACUCUAAGCCGACUUGGUAGCGAUGGACAAACACCAACCUGGUAUGCGAUUCGUCAGUCUCUCUAUUGCCACCAAACUCUUCAUGCACUUGGCCGGCUUGAGAAACUGUCACUGAUUUCGGAAUUUCGCAACCUGGAUUCGGAUCAACUGCUGCUACUGCAUAUCGCGGAACAAAACGCUGCGCUCAUCGUUCGGUACAAUAACAGCAGUGUCCAAGCAGAAGCUGUCGUUUUUGAGGCUUUCGAGAUAUCGCCCCCAUCUGCCGAGGUGCUGGCUAGUGAAGGUGCUCUUGUUUGCGAUUUCCCCAACUGCUCAGCGCAGAUACCACUCAAUGAGUUCCAAAAGCCAUCCUUCCAACAGGCGCUCGCCGAAUUCCUGGAAAAAGGCAGCAUAGAACCCUUGAGAUGCUUUCAGGCUCUUGUGACAAAGGCCCAAACCCCAGUCGUCGAAUCGCGCGAUACGGGAAGUCCGGGGCUUAUAACUCACCUUCUCAUACCCUUGCUCGAGUCCCUGGGGUCCUCGGUGGACGAAGAUAUUCCUCAGUUGAGAAAAAGAGUUCGUGAUGACGCAAACAUUGAGGCAGCGGAAUUCCCCUGGCGAAGACUGCCUCUCUGGAUUACACUACGCGUGGGCAUCCAAAGACAAUUACAACUUUUACUAGGAGAUCAGGCUGGCAGAGCUUACUACAAGUUUUUUAUUAUCACUCUUCUCGUGGAGCUUCUACUCGAAUGCCCUGGAAGACUAGCACCUGAGCUGACAUUGAUCUUGCGAGCCAAAAUAUGUCGCCGUCUCGCAAAACUCGAGCAAGAAAAAGACAAGUCGCCAGAAGUGUACGACCAACUGUUCAGAGCUACCACAGCUUUCUUCAAAUAUAGUAUCGCGCAAGCCACACAGCUGGUGAAUUCAGCUUGGGAAAAGUUCAAGCGAGACACGACACGGCCUGUUCCUCGGCUCCCCACACGUGCUGAUCCGCAAGCGCAAUUCCUGUCUCUCCCCAACAGUGGAUCGUACCUCCAAAGUGUGAUGAAACUGCCUCGCUCACAGAAGCGAAUUGCACCUUCUUCGCAGCUUCCACCACUACAUGGUACGGCAAUUGAGCAGGUUGAGCAGUUUACAGACAUGUAUCAUCGAUUGACUGAGUUGGAGAGCAAAAUAGAAAGAGGUGAGGAGCCCCAGUUGACUGCAAAUCUUACCCUCGAGUCGUUUUGCGAAAAGAUAUCAGAUGCGAUACUCGGCCUUGUGAACAGUGUUGGGACAGCGUACGACUCUGAUCCUGAGCAAACGUCCACCUUCAUCCUGAAUCUUUUUGGACUUUGGGUGAGGCUGGACAAAUACAUGGUCAAGAUUUGCCCUCUAAUCCUGGAGUACCACCCAGUGUUCACUCCUCAGCUUUUGGAAGCCCUGCAUCUCCCAACCGCCGCAGGAAUGCGGUAUCUCCGUGACAUUCAGAGUUAUAUCCAUGGCAGAUGUGAGGGAUGCAAGCAUCAAACAACCAUAUUGUCCGAGCCCCAAAAGAAAUCCUUUGUGGUGAGAUAUUUUUCGACCUCUAGCUCAAUGCAGCAGCUCCACAAGAGAAUAAGUCUGGCAUCGGAGGUAUCACGUCAGGCGAAGACAUCAGAGUUGGAGAUAUGGUGGUCUCAGUUUGACAAACACUCCCUGGGCAUCUCUGGAGGCACAUGUACCUGCACAUUCAAUCGCGAUGGGACGCGAGAUCUCAAGGGAUGUACCAAAUGCUGGCACUGGCGAGCUCGGAAGCGCAUGCAGAUCUAUGCGCACGAGGACUUCCUUCCUAGUGACGCGAUCAAAGCGGCCGCAGUAAUCUUCGAGUUGGGUAUUCCAAGAUCGUUUGCCGCGUAUCGCAACGCAACCUGGAGGAUUUUCAUGUUGGCCUACCCUGCCAAACCGCAAUCCGGAUCGCCCACAAAGCUCUUGAAAGACUACGAGCCGCUCACAAGAUAUAAUUCGAGAGGUCCCACUGAUAUCACUAUUGCAUCGACAUCGAAAUCCUUCCGGGGUACACACUACAAGGUUAGCAAGAAGAGAAUGAAGGCAUCCGAAUCCGAUGUUCUUUAUCCCAAUGGUCUGAACUUCUCCUACUUCGACGUAGCUACAGAAACCUGGGUCAAAGACUUCGACAAAUCAUUGACGUUCCAACACGUAUGUGGAGUAACUGUACUUCCUGAGCUUCGGAGCUCCGUAGUACCAAGCUUGUUACACCCUCCCACGGUGGCAAUUGGACCAUCUUCAUAUGAAGCCGUCGCUUCGGAAACGCAGUGUCCGUCCGGCGUGUCAGUACAUGAGUUUACGGCAUAUCAGCGACUACUCUCAGGCAAGAAUCUUCGAUGGCUGACGAUGUUGGUCGAACUGGGUGCAUCGAAUGUGAACUUCAGCAGCGAGAGUACGAUGCACAUGUUCAAUCAUCUUGCCACUCAAGCUGGGCCGGCACAAGACAAGCAUGAUACACUCGGCGAUAUCCAUGCUGUCUUUAAGGACAUGUCAUUUUGUGAGUGCCUGACUACACAAGUAGAAAAGCGCCUCAACGACAUCACGUCGAACUGGCGUGAGGUCCACUGUAUGGAGGUCAUGAUCACGUUGAGCCUGCGCCUUUGUGAGUUGGCGGAACCCGGGACGCGAGCAGAUAAUCUCUUGGUUCAAGCCCGUCGCAUUACUUUAGCCUGGAUUGGCCGUCUCCGAGUCGACGUCAGGUAUGCCAAAGAGACUCACGUCGCGGAGACAGCCGCCAAAUACGCUUUUUGGGCGGCAUUGCUCUGUCGCAGGACAUUCUCCAAGAUUACAGACGCGGCGAUGUCAGAGAAUGAUUUAUCAAUAUUCAUUCAGGCAUCAUUAGCUCUUCAAGAAAACCUCCUUGUGGAUUUGGCCAAACUGUCGCCAGUCUUGAAGAGGAUGUUGAUUCGAGACACCAAAAUGACGUACAAGAUCAAAUUACUCUUGCUGCAGUCAAUAAUGACGCAUCCUCGGAGUAUUGGCAUGGCAAUCAACGCAUCAUGGUCAGGACCGGGGAGUUCGAGUGUAAAGUCUUUCGAUACCUGGCAGCAAGUCUCACCCAUACAUGAUCGAUGGGUGGUGGGUGUUAUGAAGACUUCAACGAAGCAUCCAGCAAAUACACAAGUAGUUCACUACAACUUCAUUGAGGGUCACUUGAUGGUCGAUGGCAAGCCCUUAGGAAGACUUCCACGCGAAGUUCGGGAAUCAGAUGAAGUGAGGCAGCUCUUCGGCAACCAGCAUCUUCUCACCUAUCCAUCUGCUGAGUUUGGCAUGUCUUACGUCCUCGCAUCGCAUAUAAACAACCGUGAGAUACACUUUGGAUCUCGGAAAGGCCGCGUCAUUAUCCGCGCUUGGGCUCGAGAUGAACUGCUGGAAUACAUUCCCUCUCACUGUUUCGUGGGAACUGAUAGUGUUGACCUUCCAGAUGGACUCAUCUCAAAUUGCGCGCAUUGGUUGAAUCUGAGCACAAGUUGUCUUGAGAUCCGACGCAAGCCUGUCUUGUGGAAGACACGAUUAAACGACUGGAGGAUUGACCUUAUGAAGUGGCAGGCUCAUCGGAGCAACAGAACGAUGUUGAUUGACCCUAAUUCUUACCUCUUCAAGCAAGUGGCCGACAUCUUUCGUCAUUUUGAAGACCCACGCAAAAUUACCGUCUUCCAGCCUAUCAACUCUAGGGGAAGGCUAUCUGUUGAGCUACGCCAUUUAGAACUCUCGUUCUUUGUGAACGUCAAAGGGCUUCUUCAAUGUCGAGAGCUGAAUGAAGAGAUCGAUCCCGAUCAAGACGCUGGCACUUUUUACGGUUUCGAGAGCAAAAUCGUACUGCGUGACGUCGAAAACAGUGCACGCCGCAGCGUCAUCACACCAUUCGGGAAAAUAUCUUUUCAACGUCGUGGGAUGCACGUGGCCGUGCGAGCAGCUGGCAGCACUGAGUAUGCAAAAUUUGGAAUUGACAACGUACUCGGCCGCUUGUCAUGCCCUCUUGAGCCGCGACUUCUUUACGCAAAAGCACUGUUUCAUGCGCACACAUCAUUCGUCAUACCGGAUCCUUUGACUGGCCGUACCGGCACCGAGGAAGCGUUCCACAUGCUCCAAUCGGGUUAUUGUCAACCUUGGGAACCGUUGGGGGAUGCAGCGAUCAAUAUCCUGAAACACAUUGCAGACCUUAGUCCAGAGCGGAAAUACUAUCCGGAGGACAAGCAAGCACUGCAGACUGUUUCUUGGUCCGUAAAACUCACUAUGACCAUUCAACAUGAUGGAUACGAAGGGCUUGUGCAUAAGAUACUCGAUAAGUCAGGUCAUCUCCAAGUGUUUGCCCAAAAUGCAGUGGAGGACCUCGACGUUAAUGUAUGUACUCCGUCUCACCUCCAGAAACGGGCUAUGACGCAGCGCCGUAUCUAUGAGCGUAGUAUCGACGAUACAGAUCGAGCAGCAGCUAACGACCGGAUUCACAUAUCUCGUGGCCAGCAAGCCAAUUUGGUGCAAGCACGCAAAGUUUAUCACGUUGCAAACCUAUUCAAGACAAAACCUUUCCGACUUCACACGCGUCAAGAGCUUUCCGCGAUAUUACAGGAUUGGCAGCUUAUCGGCGGGUUCCACAGGGUUCGUCAGACUGAGGUCGCGAGCCUGAGCGACCUAGUUGAGAAGAACGUUGAUGAGCAGUGGGGUAGUCUUGUGAACAUCUGUCGCCACUCCGAUCUUGGUGAACCCCACAGCUUGAUGUUCCGCCUAUCUCUUAUGUCGCUCAAUUCAACGACCGACUUGGACACCAUCAAAAUAUUGGCAGCGUUUGCAUCCCUGCCGACAUUGAGAAACUUGAUACCUCCAUCUUGUCCCUCGUUCAAUCAGUUCAAGCUGAAUGAGUUACCCAGCAUACAAUCCAUGCUUCGUGUGAUCUCUUUAGAUUUACCGGAGAAGCGUCAGUGGAUGCAAACAAGGGCCGAAGUAGUGCAUCGAAAGGCAUGUGAGGCUGAAGCGAAACGAUUAGCGCAACACUUCCUUGAUCAAUGGCCACAUGAAGAAAUCACUCUGAAUGGUUUCGACUCUGAUAUUAUUGAUCUAGGGCUCGCAAUGGAGCGUGUCGUCCCUGAAUGGGAGCGCUUGCAUUCGAACUUAUCCCUCUCAAAGUACAUACGUCACGUGGAGGACGUAUUGAGACAGCACACAGGACCCAGUGAUAUAUCGCAUGCCGACGCUUGGAGUUGGACACAAAAACCAUUCCACGGGAAAAUACAUGGUUCGGUCGUACCGUCGAUCUCGAGAGAUCUUCUGACGAAAUCGCUAGCAGUGCCCUUGGGACGCCAGGCCCUCGAGCUACUACCAUCCAUCGACAUUAAGCUUUCUACCAGUACGAAGGAGAACAUGAGAGCGAAAUUUCCAAACAAAGAGACCGUUGAGUUACGGCAGAUUCUUUCCGGCUUUGAGCGGCACUUAAAUCCUCUCCGCCUGCAGUACAGUCUUGAUCUAAAGAUGAGCCUUGAUGCUUUGGAGAGGACCAGAAAUGAGACACAAGUCUCUUAUACCACUCCAAAUAUCACAGCCAACGCAAAACGCAUCCGAGACCUUCGUACGAUGGUAGCCACUCAUUUAUCUCAAAUUCAGCGAGCUUUACAUAACGAUGACAGCCGCUUCUCAUGGCUAGAUCUUGGAAACCUCUGGCCUUGCACGACGUCGAUCGCAUUUUUGGAGCAACUACGCUCGAGCUCGUCUGUCAAGUUUGGGAGUUUCGUACAAGAGAUGAUUGUGGCACACGGCAUUCUCAUCACAGAGCUGCAGCAACUCGUGCGAGUUCAUCAUUACUUGUCUCAUGGCAAGGUUAAGGACCAUCAAGAAGAAAUUGGAAACGCUGGUCAUGAGAAUUGGAGUCCACUGGAAUGGCCUGAUUGGCUUCUCCUAGAGGUUGAUAGUGACAUUUUGAUCCGACAGGAGCAGGUUGACGUUGCACAUGCCAUUAUUGCGCCGAAGUUGAGGGAAAACACAGUAUUGCAGUUGAACAUGGGUAAAGGUAAGACAUCGUGUAUUGUUCCCAUGGCAAUGGCGGUGAUAGGAGAUGGCAAUCAACUCUCGCGUCUCAUUGUACCGAAGCCAUUACUUUUGCCAACCGCACAAAUGAUUCAGUCGCGACUGGGCGGCUUAGUCGGCCGCGAGAUUCGACACAUUCCUUUCUCCCGGAGGACCAACACCAACCCGCAAACACUUCAGCUCUAUAGACACCUUCAUCGGGAAAUGUUAGAAGGUCAAGGCGUUGUAUUGAUCGCGCCUGAAAGCCCUCUCUCAUACAAACUCAGUGGUCUUCAACAUCUCGCCAGCUCCAACAUGGACACUGCACGCGAAAUGAUUGAGUUUCAGACAUACCUCAACUCCAUUUGUCGGGACGUUCUGGACGAGUCGGACGUUUCAUUAGCGAUAAAGACUCAACUCAUCUAUCCAAGUGGCAAGCAGACCACAGUGGAUGGACACCCGCACCGCUGGCAAGUAGCGCAAUCGCUGCUAUCACUCGUGAAAGAUCACCUGCCAGAGCUUGAGCGCAAGUUUCCGCGCAACAUUGAAGUCCUGAAGCGUGGUCAGGGUUAUCCAAUGAUAUACAUCCUUCAAGAAGAUGUGGAGGAGGAUCUGCACCGACGCAUAGUUGAUGAGAUCUGUACUGGAAGCACCUCAUUUCUUCGCUUCUCGGAUCAUGAUUCGGACAGCUGCGGUGCUCACUUGCGUAGAGUGCUCUUGGACAAGACUUUAGACAACGAAUUGCUGGAGCGUGUGGCUGAACUGUUCGCCGACGAGGACAUUGCGUUCAAAACGCUGUUGCUUGUUCGGGGUUUGUUGCAAAAUCGAAUAUUGCUUCUUUGUCUCAGAAAGCGCUGGAACGUACAGUAUGGGUUGCACCCCAAUCGCGAUCCCAUAGCAGUGCCCUUCGAAGCGAAAGGGAUUCCUUCCGAGCAGGCUGAAUUUGGACACCCUGACGCUGCAAUUAUCUUCACCUGCUUGGCUUUCUAUUAUACUGGUCUUAGCGCUGUCCAAUUCCGCGACGCUCUUCGCCAUAUCCUGGCAUCACAUGAUCCCGCCAGUGAGUACGACAGGUGGACGAGCAGUUGCGACUCGCUUCCCGAGGCUUUGCAUCAUUGGAACGUUAUCAACUCCGAUGACCAUAGUCAGGUGGAGGAACUCUGGAGGCAUCUUCGAACGAACCGAACCGUGCUCGACCACUACAUGAACCACUUUGUGUUUCCAGCGCACGCCAAACAGUUCGACACCAAGUUACAAGCCUCUGGAUGGGAUCUGCCCUUAUUUUCGCGAGUAAAACUGGAUAAGACACCCAUACGUGCAAGGACCACUGGGUUUAGCGGCACCAACGACAACAAAAUGAUGCUACCGCUAACUAUUCAACAGAGUGAUCUGCCAAACUUGCAUCAAACAAACGCCGAGGUACUUACCUACCUAUUGCAAGAACGAAAUCGUGCAUAUCACCUUGUAGCUCGUGAUGGAAAACGAUUAUCCGAGAUAGGAUUCCUUGGACAGCUCAGAGACAAAAAGAUUCGCGUGCUCAUUGACGCCGGUGCUUACAUACUCGAAAUGAGUAAUGAAGAUUUGGUCAAGGCAUGGAUGGACAUAGACACUGGGCCAUCUGCAGCUGUGUACUUUGGUGCUGACAAUCGAGCCUGGGUGCGAUACCGUGGUACCAAGGCGCGAGUCCCUUUGCUAGCAACUCCGUUCGUUGACAAUCUAGACCAUUGUCUCGUGUACCUGGACGAAGCUCAUACGAGAGGCAUAGAUCUAAAAUUGCCUCAGCAUGCUUGUGGUGCGCUGACACUUGCUCUUGGACAGACCAAGGAUCACACUGUGCAAGCUGCCAUGCGCCUCCGACAACUUGCAACGACUCAAUCCAUCUGCUUCUUUGCGUUUCCAGAGACCCAUCACUCCAUUGUUGACUUUUGUGCAUUGAACGAAAACGACAAAGUCAAUUCUUCUCAUGUCGUUGCUUGGUUAUUGGAACAAACGUGCCGUACGAAUGAACAGCUCCAAAACCUAUACGUCUCUCAAGGUACCGACUUUUGUAACCGCAUAAACGCGGAAUGGGAGAAUGCGGCCUUCCUCUCUAAUGCGCAAGAGAGGAGUGCAUAUAUUCGGGUGCUUCAACACCCUGAACAGCAAACACUUGAGCAGUUAUAUGGACGCUGCGUGAAAGAAACCCACGGUAUAUCAUCCCAAACGACUAUGUCUCCACAGCUCCAAACGUUCAGGCACAAACUCAGGGAGCUCAGUCUGGGUAUGUCGGAAACGGCAAAUACCCUGCAUUCUUCUGCGCUAGAGGAAGUAGAACAAGAACGCGAGGUAGAAUUUCAAGUCGAAGAAGUCCGCGAGGUGCAGAAAGCCAUACAUUACAAAGCCUAUGCAUUCCCUGGACUUCACCCUGCCAUCUCUGGCUUUGUGAGUACUGGUCACCUGUGUGGACACAUGGGUUAUGAACACGUUUUCGACGCUGUAUCGCGCACGUCAGUCGGUGAGAGGCUUGGAAUAUCAAGCAACGGGUCUGGCCUGUUCGUUUCGGCAGAGUUUAUGAGGACAAUCCAAUCGAACGACCCUGGCUUGAUUGAUAACUUUCUGCGUCCUGUUGAAUGGAUCCUUUACAAUCCCAUCACAUUCAACGCGCUCGUCAUCGUUGCCGAGGAAGCAGAGAUUGUGAUUUCUCAACUUCGCUCACAAGGGUGCCCUCCCAAAGUCCACCUCCUUGCGUAUUCAGCACCAGUCACGAAGAAAAUGCUACGAUUCAGUAGCCUACGAUACUACUCUUUUCCACCGCUUCGAAGCGACCACAUCAUUCCACAAAGCAUUAUCAUCGAACUCGGUAUCUUUGCAGGUCGCUUGUACAUGGAGUAUGAAGAAUGUGCACCUCUGGCAAAGUACAUCGAUGACGCCAGCAUACAUAGGCGAUCUGAUGCAACAAAGACUGAAACAAUCAGCUUCAUCCUAGAGUGGCUUUCUCUUCGUCGCAAAGGUCAGGACGUUAUGCACACCCCGCUUGGAUACGUGUGCCAGGGUCGUCCGCUAGGUAUUGAGCAUGCGUUCUUCGUGACCAACUGUGCUGUUGAUAGCGGCGUGGCCGAGCCUUAUCGGACUGAUAGAUCUAUCACCGGGGUGCAAGAAGAUGAGGAUGAAGGCGAGGACGAUAAGUGGUAUGACGUGGAAGAGGGCUUGCCCCAUGCUAGUUCGAGCUAG